AUGGUUGACAUCACUGGUAACCUUUCCCUAAUCACCGAACUUCUGUCCGAGAUAGAAGCUGCCGUGAACGGAAGACCGAAUGUACAUCUGAUUCGACAAGAUGUGUCCAACGCGAUCAUCAACCACGUUAACUACACUAAGCAGUCUUUCCACGACGAGCACGAGAGCACACGAAAAGAAGUCCAAAACACCAAGCAGUUUCUCCUGGAGAGAGGGGACUGGGUUGUCACCAAGGCGGACAAGGGGAAGACAGUGGUGGUGAUGAAGCGGGAAGAGUACGAUGAGAAGAUGCAAGCACUGGUGAGCGAUGUGGAGACGUACGAGCAGAUUGCGAGGGACCAGACCAAGAAAACAUGCAAAAGUAUCAACAAACAAAUCGAUGAAUGGGCGAACAAGGGUUUCAUCAAGCAAUCGGAGGAUGGAAGGCCGCUGAGGAUCAUCAACUCAACGAUCGGUACGGCUACGUACAAGAUGGCACGGUAUCUGUCCAACAUCCUCAACCAGGUAACGGGUAAGACUGAGCACCACAUCGUCAACAGUUUCGAGUUUGUGGAGGAAAUCCGUGGGAAGCAAAUAACCGAGGAGAACAUUUUGUUUUCCCUUGACGUAGUGUCUCUCUUCACGAACGUGCCGGUCGAUUUUGCCAUUGAAUCGAGGUUUGGUGUCCCGAUGGGCUCUCCACUAUCACCAGCGGUGUCGAACAUCGUGCUGGAGAGAAUUGAGAGAGCAGCUCUGGAGAACUUGAUGGCCCGUGGGAUCGUGCCAGUGUUCUUCAAGCGGUACAUCGAUGACUGUUUGCUGUGUGCGAGAUUGGAAGAUGUUGAAAUUGUACUGGAGGUUUUCAACAGUUUUCAUCAGCGUUUGCAGUUUACGAUGGAAAUGGAAGUAGAUAUGAAGCUGAAGUUUCUAGACGUAAUACUGCGAAGAGAGGGAACGUGA